GAUCAUGACUGGCCUAAAGCGAGUUAGCGUUGUAUGAGUUGACUUGUAUAUUUCUGCACCAGUCCAAACGUUAAGUGUAUGACUGAAAAUGCAUAGUCCUUUUUUCUUUAGAAGGUCACCCCACCACCCCACUGGAAGGGUAUAGCCUAGUUCAUAUGCGCUUGCGCAAUGUAUCCAUAUUGCGCAUGUUGACGUUUGACGCAGGUUGCCUUUAUGUUGUCCGCUAACUAGUUAUGCCUUUCACACUAACAAAGCUAUUUCUCAUAAAGAAAUGUGGUCAAAAAUGCACUUUUUAUUCUGUAGUUUUAAAAAAUAAAUAUAGCAAAAGUGAAACCAAAGGCCUUAAUAUGGAGAGGUAUAGUUGGUCAAUACUAGGACGUAUGCAUGCAUAUGUAAAUUAGCACCUGAUCAGAAUAAAAACAUACACUUAAUCAAAAUUAAAACAAACAAAAAAAAAAAAAAGUCAAAAACCACAAUACAAUUAAAAUACAUUGGAAAUAACAAAAUCUUCUCCAGAAGCUAGAGGGGCUCCAAGUGUUGGGUCAUUGGGUGCAAAUGAGAGGGCCCCUGUCACUGCUUUAUAAGAUAACUGUUAUCUGUUCAUGCAGAAGAAUUACACACACAAAAUGAACAACUGUGGCUUGUCAGUGGAACAUUUGUGAUGGCCAAAUGACAGUGUUAUAACCUCAGUGACUCAACACAUUUGUGUCUGAGCUAGAAGCAUUUUUAAAAGGUCAAAAAAAUUUUGGUAGGGAGUGAAGCUUGACCAACUCUGAAAAGAUGAUUUUCAGUUUGAUCUUUAGCAUCUUUCAUCUGAUUACCAUGACUACUGGACUUACCAUAGCAGCUCAUCCAUGUCGCUAUACUGACCAUCCAACAGAAGGUGUCAUUGUAAACUGCAACUUCACUAAACUCCCCUCUCUCCCUUACCUGCCCCGGAACAUCACAGAACUUCACCUGUCCAACACUGGCCUGUCCACAGUGCCUCCUGGCCUCUUUGACAAACUGGUUGGACUGAAAAAACUCUCCAUAAUUGGGAAUCCUUUUCAUUGCGACUGCAGGAUUCAAUACCUGAGAAACUGGUUGUUGAAAAACCGAGAUAUAUUUACAAUGGAGCCUACCUGUGCUAGUCCUGGUGUUGUGACCCAGAAAAACAUCUGUGAAUUGAGUGAUGAUUUCUUCUCGUCCUGUUCCAAACCAAGCUGCACAAAUGGAAUAUAUCUUGUUCUGAACUGGGUGAUUCUUUUGUGUGUGAUUGCCUUAAUGGUUUACACACUGAGACUGGCUAAAGAAUCCACUAUAACAUUGUACAUAGAUGAGAGACACGCACUAUUCGAAGCUCAUUCUCUCCGUUCUCAAAAGCCCAAACACAGAAGGAAGUGGAGUUUUCCGAAUAAGCAGGAGCCACUGGAGAGGCCACUUUUGAACAUGGAGUUGCUGCCCCAAGUCCUGGACACACUACAUAAGAAACACAACAUUAAGAUAAAAGACACAUAAAUUCUUGGAUUGGACUGGCUCUCAAACUGUGACACAUUUCUGGUAUUACAAGGUUACUUACUACUACCCAGGUCAGGGUUCAAUUGCAGGCCAAGUCUCCUUAUGCAGCAGUUGUACAUCUGGUUUAGUCCAGCUUAACAUGAAAUAACUGCAUAAAACAGAUUGCAGAUUUCUUGACCUGAUUUAUGGUUAAUAUCUCUGUAAUGACUGAGUCUAACAAUGUGAAACAAAAACUGGGACAAAAUACAAUUUGUUGUCAGUAUAAAUAAAUGAAAGCAUUGUUUUCUUUUCACAAUA